AUGGGUGAUAAAGAAAAAGAAGAGAAUAAUCUUUCAUUGCCAAAGGCAACUGUAGCAAAGCUUAUAAAAGAAAUAUUACCAGAAGAUGUAAAAUGCUCAAACGAAACGAGAGAUUUAAUAUUAGAAUGUUGCGUUGAAUUUAUACAUUUAAUAUCAAGUGAAGCAAAUGAUAUAUGUCUUAAAGAUGGAAAAAGAAUGAUUGAUGCAAAACAUGUUAUUACAGCUUUAGAUGAAUUGGGAUUUAAUGGAUAUACACCAAAAGUUACAGAAACAUAUGAUAAACAUAAAGAAGAGGCAUCUUCUAAACCAAGUAGAUCUGCACGUAAAUUUGAAAAUCUAUCAAAGACUGAAAUGUUACAGGAACAACAACGUCUAUUUGCUGCAGCACGUGACGCAUACCAACAACAACAACCGCCAUCUCAAUCAACAGAACAACAACAACAAUCAGGCGCCCCUCCUUCUUUACAACAACCUCCCCCUCCACAAUAA